UACUACGAUUUGUCAAACUGAAUAUCGAAUGACAUUGACACUAAGUAACCUGAAAACAUUACAUGGUCGUCAAGUCGCGAAGUAUAUCGAAAAAUGGCUGAAAAAUAUGGAAUAUCAGAAUCCGAAUACCAGCUUAUACAAAAGCAGGCCGCAAGGCGUGCUGAGAUGAGACAGGAGUUCUUAAAACAGAGAACGAACCCCUGGAAAAACGCAGCAGAAGCAGGAUAUGUUUUCGAUGCAGGUCACCAAAGGUUCGUGUCAAUGAAAGUAACACAGUUUGAUUUCUUUCAACCGAAUAGAAGAACUGCUCUGUUUGGUAUUUGCACUAUCAUAAUCCCUAUGUUUACAUACGGGUACCUGAUUUAUAAUGAACGUAACGGCCGUGAGCAGAAGAUCAGAUCUGGCGAACUCCGCUACAAAGAUAGGUUGUUCAAGCUUUGUUAAAUUUUUUCAACAAAAACACUGCUUGGUUAGAAAUAUAGCUUAUUAUCUUUAAUGUUUGUAAUUUAUUUACUAUCCAGACUUUUUACUCUAAAAUGCACUAGACAAAAUUUUAAGCUGUCAAAACUUUGGUUACUGGACGUAUUAUAUUUUAAAUAUAAAAAAAUUUGAAUGUGUAAAUGCAAUAAACUUUUGAUUCAAAGUCGUAAAGCCAUGUACAGAGAUAAGUAAUUUAUGAAAUAAAUAAAAAAUAUACCCAUUAA